CCAAGGCAGUAGUGCAAGAUAGGGUAGGUUCAAGAUCGAGACGCGGCCGGCAACUGCUCAUGUCGUCAUUGUCUCCCCAAAGCUAGCUUCUGCAUAGCGGCUAACUCUUUGAUAGAGCAAACUUCUCACAGAUAUCAGCAAGGGUACUCGAUUAAAGAAGACGGUCACAAAUGACCGAUCAGCGCCUGUGAUUCAGAAGGAGGGGGGUCGCUCGGGCGGUGCGCCGAUUGCUAGUGCUCCGCCAGUACCGGGAAUGCUGAAGCCUCCAGGAGGACAGGCGCCUCCUGUUCCUAGCGGAGGAGCAGCUAAUCGCGUACGAAGUGACAGCGCAGGAGGCGAUGGCGGUAGCAGCAUUGCAGCACCACCGCAACUAGGUGGUUUGUUUGCCGGGGGAAUGCCCAAGCUGCGAAGUCGAGGCGGGGUUGAUACCGGGGCGAAUCGAGAUGCAUCAUAUCUGUCAGACUCAGAUAGCUCGCGACCAACGUCGACAGCGGCUGCUCCUAAACCUCCAGGAGCACCGAGGCCUCCUGGUGCGCGUCCUCCACCACCUCCUCCGUCUACCGAGUCACCACCCGCCCCUCCUGUCAACCCGUUGGUUGCGCAGUUACGAAAGCCGCCUCCUAAACCGGCCUCAAGACCAUCGUCCACGAUCUCGACAAAGUCUGCACCUCCACCUGUGCCAUCUUCAGCGAAACCGCCUCCUCCCCCGGUUUCUUCCAGAAAGCCUUCCGCCCCCGCUCCUCCGCCUCCUAAGAGUGCCAGUCCGGCUCCUCCAUCUGCGCCUCCGCCGCCGCCUGCUAUAUCUGCCCCUAGACCUCCUGCAAGAUCAACACCACCACCGCCGCCACCAUCAGCACCACCACAGCCGGUGAAUGGAGGCCUGGCGGCCUCAAUCGCAGUACAAGCCGCGCGAAACGCUUUUGGAAACAACCAUUCUCCCGCAGCCCCUCCUCCCCCUCCGCCAUCAUCAGCGCCUUCUGCUCCCCCAGCUCCUCCACCACCGCCUCCGGUUGCUGCUCCAUCGGCUCCUUCAGCACCACCACCUCCUCCUUCCCAACCUCUCCGAUCGAUGCUGGACCCAAGCUCAUUUACUCUUACGAAUGGCGGAUCAUCCCCGAUCGGAAGCCCUCGAAGCGCUUCAAGCCAGGGCCAUAUUACGAUAGAAGAUACCCGGUUCAAAUUUCAGAGCGAGAGUCUCUUCCCGAAACCCAGGCCUUUCUCAGGAGGGGUCAGAAAGUAUCGUGCUGGAAGGGGAAGCAGCGUGCCGCUGGAUUUGAAUUCGUUGGGUUGAAUAUGGGAUUGAGUCUGAUGGAUAUACCUCUGCGCGCCGUAUCCAUACUUAUAGCUACCUAGCUAAGCUGUAAAAAUGGCAAGGUUCUCUAGUCUCAGCUGCAUGCUGAUCAUUUCAAUUGGUUUUCCAUGGUGUACGUAGGGACUCGGGUAGUGUUAAUAAAUUCCAAACUAAAGGACUAAUUUUUCGUCCCGCAUUGAUCGUCUCCAGUCGUUGGCUUAUUUCCAAUGUUCUCAUGAGAAAAGCAUGGAUGUCACAUCCUCAGUAGGAUGCAGAAUGCGGAAAGCUAUAUAGUUCGACACCAUC